AAAUUUUAAAUUCAAAAAUAUAUAAACAACUUACUGACGUCGUGAAAAACUGUAUUGAUUUCCAUUUUCAAAGCUGGUCGCGUGGCACUGGCCACACGCAGGGCUUGCAACACUUUCAACGUUUGGCUGCAAGUGGGUCAGCCGUCUGUGGAUGCGGGACGCUGGUAGAAAAUACCAAGCCCGGCCAUUACAAAAUACUUGCAUAAAAAUGCAACAGCCAAAAACCAUGGCAAAAACGCGAGCAACAAACAACAGCAACAAAAUGUGGCAAAUGUUUUUAUUGGCGCUGCUGCUGUUGCAAUUACUAAGCGGACACAUCGAACCCGUGGAUGGCCACAAAGUGACGGCCAGGCUCAUUACAAACCACCGAUACCCUGUGGAGGAGCACACGGUGCACACAUCGGAUGACUAUAUACUCACCAUCUAUCGCAUUCCCGCCUCCCCGAAGCGACAGCAUCUGAACGAGACCAUGCAGAAGAAGCCCGUCGUAUUUCUGCAGCAUGGCAUCGUGUGCUCCUCGGAUGAUUGGAUCAUCAAUGGGCCGGAUACAUCGCUGGCGUACAUGUUUGCCGAUGCCGGCUACGAUGUGUGGCUGGGCAAUGCCAGGGGUAAUACAUACUCCCGCCAGCACAAGCACAUCCAUCCGGAUCAGUCGGACUUCUGGAAGUUUAGCUGGCACGAGAUUGGCGUCUACGAUUUGGCUGCGAUGCUGGACUAUGCCCUGGCCGAGAGCAACUCCAGUUCGCUGCACUUUGUGGCCCACUCGCAGGGCACCACCACCUACUUUGUGUUGAUGUCCUCGCUGCCCUGGUACAAUGAGAAGGUGCGUUCGGUACAUCUGCUGGCACCCAUUGCAUAUAUGCGCAGUCACGGCUUCAUUCUCUCCAAGCUGGGCAGCGUACUGCUCGGCUCACCCUCGUUCCUCAGCUGGGUGAUUGGCAACAUGGAGAUGCUGCCCAUUACCAGCAUACAGAAGUUUAUGUGCGAGCAUGUCUGCUCCGAGGGCUCCAUGCUCAAGUUUCUCUGCUCCGGAUUGCUCGAUUUUAUUGGAGGCUGGGGCACCAGGCAUCUGAAUCAUACUCUGCUAACGGACGUUUGUGAGACACAUCCGGCGGGUGCUUCAACCACACAAAUCAUUCACUAUAUGCAGCUAUACAACUCGGGCGACUUUCGUCAGUACGAUCAUGGCAGGGAACAGAAUGAGAUAAUUUAUCAACAGGCGACGCCGCCAUCGUACAAUGUGCGCAAUAUAAUGAGCUGUGUGAAUAUGUACUACAGUGACAACGAUUAUAUGUCGGCUGUGGAGGAUGUGGAGUAUUUGGCCACAUUGCUGCCAUGCGCCGAUCUCUAUCGCAUACCGUACAAGGACUGGAACCAUUAUGACUUCUUGUGGUCUGUCAAUGUGAAAGAAGUGAUAAAUAACAGAAUAAUUGACAAAAUGCACAGUUAUGACAUAGAACACAACAUGGGCAUCACUUUCUAAUUAGUUUUAUUGUGGCAGCAUAGACAAUCCCAGAAAUGCAACAGAACUUAGCCAAAUCCAAGAGAGGUACUCUUAAUGUUAAUACGUGUAAAUAAUAAGCGUUUGUGUGAUAUAUUUGGUAAGCUGCAAAAGGUUUGUGAAAUGCUUCUAUAGCAAUAAUAUAAUUUUAAAAACUACAAAGUA